AUGUUCACAAGAAGUAUAGGAGUGCAAAAUACUUUGAAAUGUAUGGAAGCUAGACGUUUUGUAGCUCAACUUACAUCUAUACAUGCUAUACCUUCCACCAGAACCCAACCUUCACAAAUAAAUCAUUCCGUAGCAUCAACCAAUGAAAGAAAAUCAUUAUUAAACAGACCAGGAUUAUUAGGUAUCAAAAAGGGUAUGAUUACUUGGUUCAUGGAAAAUGGUGAACAACACGCCGCCACUGUCAUAGAAAUCGAUAAUUGUGAAGUUGUUGCCAACAAAACCGUAGAUUCAGAUGGUUAUUGGUCAGUAUUAUUAGGACAAAUCGAUAAAUUCAAAAAUAUUGCUCCAAAUGAUUUAAAAAAAUUCGAAGAAGCUGGUGUUAGUCCUAAACGUCAUAUUGCAGAAUUCAGGGUUAGAGAUGAAUCAGGAUUAAUUCCUCCAGGAACUGAAAUCAAAGCUGAUUAUUUUGCAGUUGGACAAAUGGUCGAUGUUAUUGGAACUACUAAAGGUAAAGGAUUUGCUGGUCCAAUGAAAAGAUGGGGGUUUGCUGGUUUACCUGCAACCCAUGGGGUUUCCAAAGCUCAUAGAUCACAUGGUGCCAUGGGUGGUAAUCAAGAUCCAGGUAGAGUUUUACCAGGUAAAAAAAUGGCCGGUAGAAUGGGUGGUAAAAGUUGUACAGUAUUUAAUAAUCAAGUAUUAUAUGCCAAUGGUGAUGAAGGUAUAUUGAUUGUUAAAGGUCAAAUACCCGGCCCAAACAAAUCAUUUGUUAAAAUCAGAGAUGCUGUCAAACUCUAUGGAAAAUCUUUAUUAAAGAUUAACCAAGAACUCAUGUAA